UGCAAAUAAAUUGAACGCCGUCUUCGCAAGCUCGCACUACACUGCACUGAAAGCAUCUUUUUGCAAAUGGCAUCAACUACACUGACAUUAACUCCAGCUCUCAAAAUCAACGGCGUCGUUCCGAAAUUCGGCUUCAAGUUUCACUUACAUGGCGGCAUCCCAAGUGAUUAUACGAAUCCAAUCCUUUCAUGUUCAUCUUCAAUCAAACAUCGUACAACCCGAUUGAAACCAGUUUGCUCUGCCGGUUUGAACCGGUCAUCCGGGUUGAAUUCACACACUUUCGACGUAGUCAUUAUCGGAGCGGGUAUAAUCGGGUUGACCAUCGCCCGCCAAUUUCUCCUCGGAUCGAAUCUUUCCGUUGGCAUCAUCGAUGCCGCCGCACCUUGCGCUGGCGCCACCGGUGCAGGACAGGGUUACAUAUGGAAGGUUCACAGAGACCCAGGGACUGAAAAAUGGGAGCUGGUAAUGAGAAGCCAUCAACUAUGGGAGGCUCUGGCAGAGAGCAUCCAUAAUCAAGGCUUGGAUCCUUUGCAAACACUGGGAUGGAAAAAGACAGGAAGCAUGUUAGUUGGUAGAACUGCAAAUGAGUGCUCCGCAUUGAAAAGUAGGGUGGAGCAACUCUUGGAGGCUGGCUUGGAGGCAAGUUUCUUGUCUUGUGAUGAUUUGCAGUCAGAAGAACCUGCUCUUAUGCUUGGAAGUGAAGGUGGUGCGGCAUUUGUACCUGAUGACUACCAAAUAGAUGCUCGACGUACUGUUGCAUUUAUCGAGAAGGGUAACAGGUAUUUUGCAGCGGAAGGAAGAUAUGCUGAGUUCUAUUAUGAGCCAGCAACCAGUUUAUUAAGAUCAGAGAGCAGUGGGGAUGUUGUGGCAGUUCAGACUUCCAAGAACACCUUGUACAGUAAGAAAGCAAUUAUUGUUGCUGCAGGUUGUUGGAGUGGCUCUGUGUUACAUGACCUGAUCAAGCAUUCUGAAAUUGAAUUAGAUUUCCCAGUAAAGCCUCGAAAGGGACAUCUGCUUGUUAUUGAGAAUUUCAAGUCAUUAAAUCUUAACCACGGCCUUAUGGAGUUAGGAUAUGUCAAUCAUAAAUCUGCAACCCUGAGCUCUACUACUACUGACUCAGGGUCAGGAUAUGAUGCAAACACUUCAUCUGUUUCAAUGACAGCCACCAUGGACAUGUCAGGAAGGCUGGUUCUUGGUAGCAGCCGCCAGCUUGUGGGAUUCAACACUGAGAUUGAUGAAUCUGUCAUCACUCAGAUAUGGGAAAGGGCAGGGGAGUUCUUUCCUAUAUUAAAACAAGUAUCACUUAAAGAGUUGAACAAAAGCAGAGAAGUGAGAGUUGGGCUGAGACCAUACAUGCCUGAUGGAAAACCAGUGAUUGACCACGUUCCUAGAAUAUCAAACAUGUUCCUUGCUGCUGGACAUGAAGGAGAAGGACUCACAUUGGCUUUGGGAACUGCUGAAAUGAUUGCUAACAUUGUUUUGGGCAAUCCUCGAAAGGUUGAUCCAGCACCAUAUUCCAUGAAUACGGUCAGUGGGGUUUGAUCCACCACUUGAACCUCGAGUAAGGACAGUAACGGUUGGUAUGCCACGAAAGAAGAUUUAUGUUAUUGAUGGCAAUUGUUGAGUUUGUCUGUUGUGGUAACUAGGGAAUGAAAGAGUUGCAAUUUUUCAUCGAAUAAUUAUGCUAUAUUAUGGUAGAAUUGCUAUUUUCACCGAAUAGUUAGUUCUGUUGUGAUUGUAAUGGUGUAUUGCAAUGAAAAUUGUUGUCAUUAUACAUUUUAGAUUAGAAAAUUUAAAUGCAACGGAAAAUUAGCGUUUGUAGAAUUUCCGCUUGUGAUGGAUAUGCUUAAACUCAAUGAUGUGUAAAGAGGCCAUUUUGAAAUUCAACGACCGAAAUGAAAUUAUGCUUAUGUCAGUUACAUUGAA